UGAAAUUCUGAAUUGAAUCGUUCGCCCGUCUAGCCUAAAGUUGAAUAUGAGGAAUUUGAGUACCAACUUGUUACCGCUAUUUACGAAAUUAUAACAAAAAAUAUUACUAUUUAAUUGCAAUCAAAACACUGUUUACCCUGAUAUUUUUCGGUACCCUAAUAGAUAAAAUUUAUUCUCUUUAAAUUCUCUGUUGUACUGUAAAAAAUACUUUCAUUUUUGCGAGCACUGUUUACAUCGCACUAAAGUUUUUGUGGUGAAGUCAUGGGAAAGAAGUGUAACCAUUGCGGGUCUUCAGAGAUUGAAGUAGACCCUGCUAGAGGUGACGCUGUAUGCACAAACUGUGGUUCAGUGUUGGAAGAUAACAUUAUAGUUGCUGAGAUAGAAUUCCAGGAAAACACACAUGGUGGAUCUUCUGCGAUCGGUCAGUUCGUUUCAGCGGAGACUAAAGGAGGUGCUUCUGGGUUUGGAAGAGCUUUCCACGCUGGCAUUGGGCAAGAAUCUAGGGAAAUCACACUAAGAAAAGCAAGAGAUGGCAUUACAUUACUGUGCCAGCAGUUGCGUCUCAACCAACAGUGCAUUGACAUUGCAUGCAAUUUCUUCAAAAUGGCUCUAACAAGACAUCUAACCAUUGGUCGACAUGCCUCACUCACACAGGCUGCAUGUGUCUACAUGACAUGCAGAACAGAAGGAACUGCCCAUCUCUUGAUAGAUGUGAGUGACGCUAUCCAGAUGUGCUGCUACCAACUUGGGCGGACUUACUUCAAGCUGUCGCGUGCACUCUGCAUAAACAUCCCGCCAACUGACCCUUGCCUCUACAUUCUCCGAUUUGCAUCACGAUUAAAGUUCGGAGACAAGCAGCAUGAAGUCAGUAUGACAGCCCUACGGCUAGUACAGAGAAUGAAAAGGGAUUCCAUACAUUCUGGGCGACGGCCCUCAGGGAUAUGUGGAGCAGCUCUUCUCAUAGCGGCACGUUUGCAUGAAUUUUCGCGAACGCCCGCCGACGUGGUGCGAAUAGUUAGAAUACACGAGACGACACUACGUAAACGUCUGUUUGAAUUCGGCGAAACCCCUUCCAGUGCUCUCACCCUCGAUGAGUUCAUGACAGUGGAUUUAGAGGAGGAACAGGACCCUCCUGCGUUUAAAGCAGCCAGAAAGAGGGAUAAAGAUCGUUUACAGAAGUUAAUGGAAGAGGAGGAUGGUGAAAAAGAAUUGACUGCAUUGCAGAGAGAAAUAGACGCUCAAUUAGAAAAGGACUGCAAGAGAAAAAAAAACAAUGGCGUGGGGGCGCUGCCAGUUGCAGAAAAUGACGAAGUUGCUGAGGCGGAAGAUGAAGAGGCUUCCAGAUUCGCAGCACAAGACACCCUAUCUUUAAUCGGAGAAAUAACUAGGGACGGUCAGCCUAACAACGCCGCAGCCACAAGUGAUAACAGAAGAUUAGAGCAAGGCCUUGGACCUGAACUAGCAGUUAUAGGUCUAGGGCAGCAAGAUGACAAAACUGAAAAAUUCCUAAAGCCCGAUGUAGUUAAACAGCAGUUCAGCAAAGACCUGAUCAACGCAGAGGAUUUGGUCCUGGGGUCCGCGGAAGAACAAUAUAUAGAUACACUUAUAAUGAGUGACGAAGAAGCAAGAAACAAAACGAAAAUGUGGCAAAACAUAAAUGCUGACUAUUUGAAAAACCAGAGAGUUAAAGAGGAACUGCGUGCAAAAGAAAGGGAGGAGGGUAAAGACAAGAAGCGCAAAAUUCGCGGCUCAUACAAAAAGAAGGUCGCUUGUAACGCUUCCACGGCCGGGGAGGCGAUCGGGAAAAUGCUCGCGGAGAAGAAAAUGAGUGCAAAGAUCAACUACGAUAUACUGAAGAGUUUGGAUCAGCCCGGGACACCUUUGAGAGCCCCUUCCACGCCUUCUACGCCUAUACUCGUGCGGAAUGAUACUGAACCUAAAAUAACAACACCAGGGGAAAGCGCAGUGCCCGAAUCCCCAGUGCCGAGGAAGAAGAAAAGGAAGCCCGCCACACUCAACACGGGGCCCGCGAGUCCUGCGACCUGGCAGGCGGUCACCCCCAACGCACCGACGCCCACCACGCCAGCACCGCCUACGCCGUCGCAGAUACAAGAUGCCGUGGAAGAUUACGACGAAGAGUUGGAAGCGGAAGUACCAGAUGUUGGUGACGAGUUGUCACUCGCGGCCAUGCUGCAAAAUGGAGCAGACGACGACUAUUACGAUUAUGAGGAAUACUAAUGACGAAUUAGGACUCUUUGGAUUGAAAAAGACGUUUUGUGGCGCGGUAUGAAAAAACGUUCCGAAGUGAUGCGGCCAUGGUUAACUGUCGUAAUCAUGUUUGAAUUGGGACCUUAGGUAACUGAUGCCCGUUUUCACUAAACCUAGGAAGCGCUUAACUCGGAUGCCUAAUAAUAAGGGUGAUGCGUGAAUAAAAAAAACGUUUCACCGACUCUUAGAUGAUGACUAAAGAAGUUAGGCGCCAUCUAAAGUUACAAUUCGACGGUGCGUUAUGCUUAGGGAACCCGACACUUGAUAGAUGACAAAAAUAUAAAUUUAAAUACAUACGAAAAAUGAAAACUAUGAUAAUACAAACACUAAAUACCACACUUUGUGGCAAGAACCAUAGACAAUUUAGGUUAUAUGAGUUGCAUAGUGAAAAUUUAUUACUGAAAAGUAAUGCCUAGGAAUUCUCUUUGAUUAUGCGUUACUUACUUAGGUAUUAUUAUUAUUAUUUAUUAUUUAGGUAUUGCCUUGUCCGUCGUUAGUUAAAACGGUGAUUAGUCUAUGGUAUCCAAUGAGGGCCCAACUCUGCUAUUGUAAUAGCAGGUUUAGGUCCCUGGCACAAUUUAUUUGGAUUGUGUUAAUAGGCACGGAAUUAAAAAGAAACUAAACUAAAAAUUCAAACUGAUUCGGCCUCGGUUGAUUGUCGUAAUCUUGUAUACUGCUAUGACAGCAGUGUCUGAAUGAUAUAGUUUAUGUUAUAGACUGCUACUGUCGUAGCAGAUUAUAUGUUGAGGUUAGGAAACUUAAAUUAGUCGCAUUGAAUAAGGCAUACAUUUUCACAGCAUGAAACUGAUUCUGAACUGAUUCGGCCGUGAUUUAAUGUCACAAUCUUGUCUUCAGUUAGCUUAGGAUAUAGUUUUUGUCAAUGUUUUCUUAGAAGGGUCCCGAGUCUACUAUUGUCAUAGCAGACUUGAGGGGUGAAACACACCUUAUUUGUACUGAAUAAGACUUUAAUUGGCACAGCAUGAAACCUAUAGUUUCUUGUUCUCAAAUAAGGCAUUCCGAUUUAAUUAAGCCAAGUUAACUGUCACAAUCUUUUCCACUGUGGUGAAUUCCGGGUAGCUAACGAUAUAGUUAUUAGUCAAUGUUUUCGACGGCCGAU